ACUCACACAGUCAAACUAAUCCAGCUAAAUUCGAUACACCUUCGUUGAAGUUGUUUUCAAUUCUCAUUCUUUUUUGCAGGUGCGGAACUGAAAACGAAAAUCAAAACAGCAAACAAUGGUAUGGCCUUCUCCCUUGAUUUCACUCUUCAUCUUAUGUUCAUCGCUUCUACCACUGUGCAGCGGCAAGUACAGGAUAACAGCCGGCGAAACCAUAAGUGGUAACCACACUAUAAUCUCCGCAGGCGAAACCUUCGCCUUAGGCUUCUUCAGUCCCGGCAAUUCUACCAACCGCUAUCUUGGAAUAUGGUACAAUAACAUCCCCCAACAGACGGUCGUUUGGGUUGCUAACCGAGAAGCACCUCUUUUCAACAAUUCUUCCGGAGUUUUCACCGUCGCCGACGAUGGGAAUCUCAUGGUUUUGGAUGGAAGCAAAAAAGUCUUAUGGUCUUCUAAUAUCUCAGUUGCUGACGUUGACAAGAAUAACACCAUUGGAUUGCUAAUGGACUCCGGAAAUCUAGUUUUGAGAAACAGUAAUAACACUGCCGACUUGUGGCAAAGCUUCGAUUAUCCCUCCGACACAAUCUUGCCCGGCAUGAGAGUCAGCUUGAAUCUAAAGACCGGCCAAAGUAUCCAUGCAACAUCAUGGAUAAGCGAAGAUGACCCAGCACCAGGGGAAUUUAAUUUAGCUAUCGAUGGUUCACUCCAGCUUCUCACCAGGAGGAGUUCUGGUACUUACUGGAGAAGUGAAACCUGGGAUGGAAGGCUCUCUGUUGGAGCACUUGAGAACAUUAACAACUAUGCUUUCUAUCUCACCUAUACUGUUAACGAUGAGGAGGCUAACGUCACAUUUAGCCUCUCACGGGACUCAAUGCCAGCAAUGUUUAAGCUGGAUCGAAGUGGGCAAAUUGAGCUCUUGUCAUGGUUCGAGAGUGAAAAUCAGUGGAAAUUGUUAUCUUCGAUACCAGAGGAGGCAUGCGAUUUCUUUAACCAGUGCGGUCCAAAUGGAAGCUGUGAUCGGAACAGCUCUUCGCUGAUCUGCAAAUGUUUGGAAGGGUUCGAGCCUAAAGUUCUGACCGAAUGGGAGAAGGGGAACUGGUCUGGAGGGUGUGUUCGCCGAAAGAAACUGAGUUGUGACAAUACAAAUGGAUUUUUGAGAUUUGAAAGUGUCAAGCUGCCCGAUCAAUCUAUUUCAAUGGGGGAUUUCAGUAUGACAGAAUGCAGAGCUGCAUGCUUGAGGAACUGCUCCUGUACAGCUUAUGCUUUUAGUAAUUUUAGUGGUGCGGUUACAACGAGGUGUCUAAAUUGGGUUGGAGAUUUCAAUGACUUUGUGCAGAACUACAGUGGUGGGCAUGAUCUUUAUGUACGUCUUGACAGCUCUGAGUUAGUUGGAAUUGGUGAGACAAGAAAUGUCAUUGAUAAGAACAGACGCAGAGUUAUAAUUGCGGUGGCAACAGUUGCUUGUGGGGUGCUUCUUAUGGGUGCUUUGGGCUACUUUUUGUGGAGGAGAAGGCUUUCAAAGGAAGGUGAAGAAGCAGAAAGUAUUCUUGAAGUAAACAACAGGGGUUCUCAAGUACUAGGAGGUGAGGCGAAUGCUUCAGAGCUAUCUACAUUCAGUUUUAGUACCAUACAGGCUGUUACACAGAACUUCUCUGAAGUAAAUAAAUUGGGACAGGGUGGGUUUGGCUCUGUUUACAAGGGAAUCUUGCCUGAUGGUCAAGAAGUAGCUGUUAAAAGGCUUUCUAAGAAGUCUGGACAAGGACUCGAAGAGUUCAUGAACGAAAUAAAACUAAUUGCCAAGCUCCAGCACAGAAAUCUUGUUAGACUCUUGGGUUGUUGCAUUCAAGGAACAGAGAAGAUACUGAUAUACGAAUAUUUGCCCAACAAAAGUUUGAAUAAGCUUCUAUUUGAUCCGACCAAACAAUCAGAUUUGGAUUGGUGUAAGCGGUAUAACAUUGUAGAAGGGAUUGCUCAAGGUCUUCUUUAUCUUCAUAAGCACUCCAGAGUAAAAGUCAUUCAUAGGGAUUUAAAAGCAAGCAACAUAUUGUUGGAUGGAGAUAUGAAUCCCAAAAUUUCAGACUUUGGGAUGGCAAGGAUGUUCGGGGCGAACCAGACUGAGGCAAACACCGAUAGAUUAGUUGGGACAUUUGGUUACAUGUCACCGGAGUAUGCAUUGGAUGGGACCUUUUCUGAAAAAUCAGAUGUAUUCAGCUUUGGGGUGCUGUUGUUAGAAAUUAUCAGUGGAAAAAAGAACACUGGCAUGUAUCCUACCAAUCAAACCCUGCCCUUAGUGGGAUAUGCAUGGCAACUAUGGAGAGAGGAUAGAGCGGCAGAGCUGAUUGAUCCAUCAAUUAGGGAGACAUGUCUUGAGAAUCAAGUUGUGAAAUGUGUUCAUGUGGGGCUGUUGUGCGUCCAAGAAGAUCCAGUUGAUCGGCCAACAAUGUCUUCUGUCAUUUUCAUGUUGGGUAAUGAGAGUGCAAUCUUGCCAAUGCCCAGGGAACCUUUAUUUUCUGCAGUGAGGAGAUCCGCCACUGUUACUUCGUCUUCAAACUUGAAUGAUUACUCAAUAAACCAAGUGACAUUGACCAUGGAACAACCCCGAUAGAAGUUCAGACCUCAGAUUAGGGGCAAAUUCCAUCACUGUACCCCAACAGUUAAAUAGAAAGGGAAAUCCUGCCAAAUUGCGCUUCAUUGACAUUUUUACAUUCAUUUGUUUAACUGGCCGGUUGGAAGGACGAUCAAGUUAGUAGGCGGGUUAGCUAGGGCCUAAGGGUGCAUGGUUGAAUUGAAUCUAUCCGUCUGAAGAAAACAAUGGUAUUCCAUUCUCAGAUUUCUCGUCCUCUUUAAUUCGACACUGCAAUAUUCCAUUUUUCUUUCUUUUCUUUUGGUAAUAAGAGUAAAACACCUCCUCUCUACUUUGUAAGAAAACCAUAAAAAAAAUAAAUAAAUAAUAUGUAUUAAUGAGUGAAUAGAUUGACAUAAUUUCAUAACUUGACAUAGUAAAUGAACCUUUUUAG